UUGCGAGACAGGAAGCGGUCUCUGCUUUUGGCGCGGUCUUGAUAGAGGGGUCGGCCAUCUUGGAAUCACAUCAGUGGUUCAGCGCGGUUUACGCUACUCUGAGACACUGUAUGAGCACUCGACUCAUUGAUUGCCCUCCUAUUGCUGGUUCAGGAGAUCAACCGCUUUUGCGUCCCCGUGUAACGACCGCAGUAGAUACGUGAAUCUUUAUUCCUCACGGAGCGCAGACGCAAACUCAGGAUUGUUGAAAGAACCGUCAUGGCGACCGCUACCCCAAGCCGUGAAGCUGGCCGGACGGCGGCCUCGACACCCCUCUCCCCAACGCGGAUCUCUCGCCUACAAGAGAAACAAGAUUUGCAGCACCUUAACGACAGGCUGGCCGUAUAUAUCGACCGCGUUCGGUCGCUGGAAUUGGAGAACGACCGGUUGAUGUUCAAAGUGUCCGAGAAAGAGGACGUAACCACCAGAGAGGUGACUGGCCUGAAGGCUCUGUAUGAAGCAGAGUUAGCUGAUGCUCGACGGGUUCUGGAUGAAACUGCCAGAGAGAGAGCCAGGCUCCAGAUAGACCUGGGCAAGGCCCAGGCUGACCUGGAAGAAACCACACGCAGUGCCAAGAAGAAGGACGGGGAUCUUGCUGCCGCGGUGUCCAGGGCCGGUGGAUUAGAGGGCCAGCUGCACAAGAGCGAAGCAGCUCUUUCUACAGCGCUGAGCCAGAACGCCGCUUUGACUUCUGAGCUGGCUGAUAUCAAGAGCCUGCUGGCUAAGGCAGAGGACAGCCAUGCGGUUGGCAAGCGCCAGCUGGAGGCGGAGACACUCAUGCGUGUCGACUUGGAUAACCGUUGUCAAUCACUGACUGAAGAGCUGGCGUUCAGGAAGGGCAUGUUUGAAGAGGAGGUGCGUGAGUCUCGCCGUCGGCAGGAGAUGAGGAUAGUGGAGGUGGACUCUGGGGUGAGGCACGACUACGAGUUCAAACUGGCAGCGGCUUUGCAGGACCUGAGGAGGCAACAUGACGAGCAGGUCUCUGUGUACAAGGAGGAACUGGAGCAAACCUACCAGGCCAAGGUGGAUAAUGCCAUGGUGUCCUCUGAGAUCAAUGACAAGGCAAUGGGUUCGGCCAGAGAGGAGCUGCAGGAGUCCCGUAUGAGAAUAGAGAGCCUCGGGUACCAGCUCAGCGCCCUGCAGAAACAGGCGGCUGCCUCCGAGGAUCGCAUCAGAGAGCUGGAGGAGAUUCUGUCAGCAGAGCGAGACAAGCACCGCCGGUCCAUGGAGAGAAAGGAGCAGGAGAUGAGCGAGCUGAGAGACCGGAUGAACGCUCAGCUCACUGAGUACCAGGAGCUGUUGGACGUGAAGCUCGCUCUGGAUAUGGAGAUCCACGCAUACAGGAAACUGCUGGAGGGAGAGGAGCACAGACUGAAGCUGUCCCCCAGCCCGUCUUCUCGAGUCACUGUUUCCAGGGUAACAGGAUCCUCCUCCUCUCGCUCUUCCAAAAGGAAGAGGGGGGAGGCCGUGGCUAAGGAUGAGGGGCGGCUGCUGGUGUCCGAAGAUAGCACCGCUACCGGAGCAGUCUCCAUAUCAGUCACUGACAUGGACGGAAACGCAGUCACACUGAACAAUGAUACCGUUUAUGACCAGCCGUUGGGCAACUGGAGGUUGAAAAGACAGGUUGACGAUGAGGAUGAGGUCGUCUACAAGUUCUCCCCAAAGUUUGUUCUUAAGGCUGGCCAGUCUGUGACGGUGUGGUCUGCUGAUGCUGGCGUGGCCCACAGUCCCCCAACUGACCUGCUGUGGAAGAGCCAGACCUCUUGGGGCAUCGGAAACGACAAUGUCACCACUUUGCUCAACGCUGAUGACGAGGAGGUGGCCACAAGGAGCGUAACCAAGACUGAGGUGGAGGCCGAGAACGGAGAGGAUGAUGAGGAGGAGGAAGAAGAGGAGGAGGAGGCACAAACGGGAAAGGCGUCCUCCAGAGAGUGUGCCAUCAUGUGAAGCCUUCCCCUUCCGUUGGCUUUCACUUUCCCAUUUUAUAUAUAUAUUUUUUUCUCCAGUCAUCCAGAUAUGAUUCUGCCCAUUGCCUCAUCAUUAUGUGUUUUUUUACUGUUCAAGACAAUAUAAGACUUUUUAGACUAAUCUUUUUACUGGACGGCUUUAAUGAGUCGUUUUCCUAAACACCGCAAGCAAUGCUAAUGUCUGCGGAUCACAACCAUAAUGUUUUAAAAUCCCCACCCCCGACUAGUAACGACAGUACACUCCAUGAAUCAACUGAAACCGAGGCGAAGCACCUGAUGAGCUCCUCACGUUACUGGACAAUAAGCCAUGAGCAGGUCCAAAUUACAUUAUAAAGACCAGUUUUUCCUCCAUAAUGAAGGCAAACUUAGUGCCAUUUACAACCUUUUAUGUGUGGUGCCCAUAUAGAUUUCCUCUUAAUUUUUAUUUAUGUCUUCCGUUUAAAGGCCAGGUACAUUUUCUUCAUUUAUUUCAAUAUCUCGAAUCUCAAAUGUUCCUCUGUCUGUAAAAUUCCUCAACAACCCUUUCGUUCGGAAAUCGGUUUAAAUGAUGCGUUGCAGUCCAAACCUUUGGGACACACCUGGAUCCCCCCUGGAGAAUCCAGUGGAAUGAAAACCUUUAGUGGCCUGUGGCAUUAGUUAGAACGACAUGUGAAUCAGUUUGCUUCACCGUACCCGCCAACGCUGUCAUGGAACCAAGGUGACAACCAAAAUGUGAUGGGAGUCUAGGGGGGUCGUGUUGGGUAGGUCUACAGCCAUGGAACUAGCUUAACUAGUUUAAGCCCUUGUGUGGGUCUGGGUCCUGAUUCUUGUGUCAGUACGGCGUGCUUUACCUCGCUAGUUAUUUUUCUAUAGAGUGCUCGUCUAUGUAAUCAAUUUGUUUACAUGAUAUACUUAAUUUCUCAUUGUGGGGGGGUGUGUAUGGGUUUCUGGGAUGCUUACGAUCAGGUGUGUAUACCUUCAAGAGACUCCAGGGUUCUGAACACUACUGCUGCAGCCGUCUCCUCGGCCUUGCGUAGGCUCCUUGUCCAGCGGGGGGCUCUGAAGUUAAUACUGAUCUGAUUUAUGAGUUGUGAGGCUCUGAGAUGUGUAACGGGAUUCAGUCCCUCCAGGAGAUUUUAGCACAAUAAUUCAUGUGUAUUCAGCGGAUCUCUGCAAUGUAUUUUUCAAACGACCAACCCUUUUCAUGAAAACUGGCUUUUACCAAUCACUGUAAGUUCCACUGAGAUCUAAUAAUGAAGCUUUAGUCUCACCAAGAACCACUGCCUUUUGAUGCCGUUAUUGUUGCAUAUUAGUAUGCAUGAGCAUCAGUUUGUUACUUAGAAAACAACACAACUUUUUAAACGGAAAAUGGCAAACUUUGGCUAAAAGUAUAAAGUAUCCAGGAGUAUUUGUAGAAAAGCCGUCCCUGGAGGGGCUGCUCCAGGACUCUGUCUGACCAGUUGUGCUACAAUAUAGAUGUGAUUUAGUGAGAUUUCUGUUGAAUAUCAUUUAACCUUGUAUUGUUAACGAGGGGGGGCCGACUAAGAGGAGUUCCCUCAACUGUUGAACUGCUUUUUGUACACAAUAAAUGUUUUACAUAUA